CAAGAGGCCGGGGUGUGACGGGUCCUGAGAGGCCUUGGCGACUUUUAGUAGCAAUUACUCUUGUGGUGGAGAACCAAUGGCGCGACGCGCCACAAAAUCCAUCGCUGACCAGAAUCGUCACACUCAACUGGCUCCGGGGUUCCCUUUCAUCGAUAUUAUAUCGGAUAAGAAUCUUCGGGAGUAGCGAGAACCACAAUACCUUGCAGAAAAUCCUUGCAAACGAAUUUUUUUUGUCGAUGCAGCUGCGUGAUUGAGUUAUCUUGGUUCGCGCGGAGUUUAUAGAGGCAUAUCUUUCUUGCAUCUGGGUUGUUGUUAGUAGUUUGAUUUCCAAGUUCAGACAAGAUGCUGCCCGUCUGCUCCGCCGCGCCUUGCUGUUCGUCGUCUCAUCAUUUAACUUGUGUAGGCAGCAGAAUGCUUUACCGAUUGAGGAAACUUGGUGACGAUAGGUGCUUCAUUGAUGAAAGGCAAGGCUUUUAUGCCCAAGAUGGUUAUUAUAUUCAGGAUCUAUCCUUCAAAACAAAGGCUGCCAAAUUCAUAUAUUCACCUGUUGUGGAAACGCCUGACUUAUCAGCUUUCCAGGAUCCUUCCACUCUUCCUCCAUUUCCAAAUAGUUUUGAUGAUAUAGUACGCGGUUUUCCAAAUGAAAAUAUCGAUGAAUAUGAUAACUGGAGUUGCUUAGCAAAUGAGAUAAACAAUGCGUGUCCUUUGGGUGAUAAUCUUAAAUUUGUUGAAGAUUCAUAUAUGCUAAAUCGUGAACUAGAAGGUGAAUAUUUGUUUGGAAUAAACCAUGGAAGCAUCUCCUUGGAAGCUCUGGAAUCACAGAAUAUGAAUCUGUUGCCUGUUGCGAAUUCAGAACAGUUUACUGAUUUUCUUGAUCAAAAUCUGGAUGGACUAUCUAAUUUGGACUCUGAUGCUGCACCAGAUACUUUACCUGGGAGCCCAAUGGUGACUCCUGAUAUGCAGGAAGUGGCUUCCAAGGAAUCCACAUUUCUGAAGGAGGAUGUUGGUAGUUUUUUCUACGGAAUUGAGGAAUCUAUGGACAAACUGCUAAAUCAAGCUCAAGACUCAGUGGCUACAACUUUUAAUGUAUGGAAGUUAUCACUGUCAGAUACAGUGAAGGGUGUCACCGAAGCUUAUGAUAGUGCAGUCAGUAGCUUAAUUUAUUCUAUUGAUAACUUCAAGGGAGAAACCGGUAAUCAAUUGGCUGGGUUCACAAUCAAAUUCGAAGAAAAUAUCUCUAAGGCAGGUGCUGCAGUUAUUGACAUUCUAAGAUGGAUGAUAGUUGGCGUGGAGGUUGGUAUCUCCAAGGGUGUAGCAUUUGUUGUUUAUAAUUAUGCAUCAGCAAAGACAGUUUUUCCAACAGAUAUAAGAAACGCAUUAAAUCUGAUCGAAGAUGAUGUUACCCGCAGUCUAAGUCCAAUUGGGGGCACCCUUCAAAAGGUUUUUGAAGCCAUCAAAGAAAUUGAGAGAAAUCUUGGCCUAGACCCCAAUGAUCCAUUAGUUCCAUUCCUACUUUUAAUUGGCACCACAACGACUAUAGGAAUAUCAUACUGGCUCUUCACAUACGAUGGGUACUCUUUGUCCCCUGAAAGAACUUCAGAGCUUCUUAAGAAUGACAAAAAUGUUUUGCUUGUUGAUGUCCGGCCUGAGGCUAUAAGAGAAAGAGAUGGCAUUCCUAUUCCUGAUCUUCGGCGAGAAGCUAGGUCUAAAUAUGCAACUAUAAAUCACAUCGAGAUUGAUAAUUCAAUCAGAAAACUGCUGAAGGGGGGUAAGGAGAUUGACAAUGCCUUAACUGCCGUGGUUAUACGAAACUUAAAAAACAGUAAGAAAGGAACAAAGUUUGUUAUCAUGGAUUCUGAUACUAGAAGAUCUAAAGCCAUUGCAAGGUCAUUAAAAAAACUUGGCGUGAAGGAAUCUUACUUGGUCGAAGGCGGUUUCCAAGCUUGGACAAGAAAUGGACUCUGCAUUAAAGAACCCAGAGUAGAAACUGCUCUUACCCUAUUGAAUGAGGAAGUGGAGGCAAUCCUUGAAGAAAUUAGACCUUCCCCAGUACAAUUUGUUGGAUAUGGACUGGGCGCUCUUGUGGCCAUCUAUGCUUUACUAGAGUGGGAGAAGACAUUGCAAAUUAUUGGUAUUGUUGGCCUAGGGCAGACAUUGUCUCGACGUGUUGCUUCAUACAAAGACUCUGAGGAUCUAAAACGAGAUGUGAGUUUGCUCCUUGCACCAGUUACACUUGGAGCAACCACCAUUUCCUGGGUCACAAGGAAGUUGGAACCCAAAAUGAUUGGGCUGCCAACCUCUCCUUCUUCUACAGCCGUUCAAGAUCGGGUUCUUCAGGCUGCUGCUAGACAUGAAUCUCAGCCAGCAGAUGCCGAAGACACUCAAGGCCAGGCAGUCGACUCGUCGGGCCAGGUAAAUGAGAACCUAGAUGUCUCCGAAGCAUGAGAUAUAUGGGAUGAGGGAUGAGGUAACCUUCCAUUGUAAUUGUAUUUUUUUUUUUUUAUCUAAUGAUUUGUAAACAAAGCUGCAAUCAAUAGGUUUUAGUUUUGAUUCACUCUUUAUCACUGUGCUGCCAAUCUUGACAUGCUAAAGAUAUCAUCAUUGUAAGCCUUAUCCUCAAUUAUUUGGGUCAAUGUUA